AUGUCAGACUUUGAAGUUAAAGAUGAAAAGUCUUGUAAGACUUUUUCAGAUAGAAUAUCAACACAGGAAACUAAAAUAGAAGAACCAACCAUAAAUUUUAGUAAAAAAAUGAUGAAAAAAAAGUUAAAACAAAAGAAAUGGGAAGAAACAAAAGCAGAAUGGCGUAAACGUAAAAAAGAAAAAGCAAAGAUCAAAAAAAUAGAAAAGCGUAAAAAACUCGAGGAAAUGAAAAUACCGUUUACAAAAUUAAAGAAAAAUCAAACACCUAGUAAUAUAAAAGUAAUUAUUGAUUGUGAAUUUGAUGAUAAGAUGGUUGACAAAGAAAUUGUAUCUUUAAGUUCUCAAUUAACACGUUGUUAUUCAGAUAACAGAAGAAGUUCUUUUCCUGUUCAACUUUAUGUAACAUCUUUUGGAGGACGACUCGAGGAACGUAUGAGAACAAUAUUAAAAAACCAACAUAUGGCUUGGCAAGGAAUAGAGUUUUUAGGAGAAAAUUAUACUGCAUUACAUGAAAGGAGUGACUUUAAAGAAAAUGAAUUUAUUUAUUUAACAGCUGAUUCAGAAAAUACAAUUAAUGAGCUAGACAAAAAUAAAAUAUAUAUUAUCGGAGGAAUUGUAGAUAAAAAUAGAUAUAAAAAUUUAUGUUUAAACAAAGCUAAAAGUCAAAAUAUUUGGACAGCAAAACUUCCAAUUGAAAAUUAUAUAGAAAUGGCAUCAAGAAAAGUACUUACAAUUAAUCAAGUUUUGGAAAUAAUGCAUCAAUGGAUAGAAAUCAGGGAUUGGGAAAAGGCUUUUUUAAAUGUUAUUCCUCCAAGGAAACUUCCACAAAGUAAAAAAGCAAAUAAACCAGAUCAAUCAUUUGAAAAUUUAGAAAUUAAUCAUUUAGAAUACGAAGACAUAGGAGACUUAUCAGAAGAGGCCAUCAAAGAGAUCAAUGAAUAG